GGACACGCCGCAACAACCUUGUCCAGCUCAAACAGCGACAACAACGGUUGGUGACGAAAGGUGAAAAGUACCAGUCACUGGAAUGUUUGACUGACUCAAGGUCUUCGCUGCAGCCGCGGUCAAGCUAAGAUAAGGCGAGAGAAUUGCAGGUGAGAUGCAUGUGUGUGGAUGUGUGGUGCUGUGAAAGUGUUUUUAAACCCCUGGGCCAUGAGCCAGCUGAGCAUCAACUCAAGCUUCACGGCUCACACCACCACCCAGGAAAACCAAGGAGAAACGGCUGCCGUGUUGUGUGGGUGUACGACCAAGCAGAGGUCGCCGGCCAAUCCCUCGUGCCUUCCAGUUUUCAACCGGUAAAACUCUACAUGCUUAUCCUAUUAGCAUGGUUUGUCUUCUCUUAUGGAGUUGGCAGCAUUCAUUGCUCCACGGUCCCUGGGAACAGCACGGACGUGGCCGCGUUGCUCGAUUUCAAGAAUGCCAUCACCAUCGAUCCACAGGGAGUACUCUCGACCUAUUGGAAUGCCAGCACCCCAUAUUGCCAGUGGAAGGGCGUCAAAUGCAGCCUGAGGCAUCCUGGGCGAGUUACCGCUCUUGAGCUCUCCGCCCAAGGCUUGUCGGGUCCAAUUGCUGCCUCAGUUGGAAACCUGACUUUCCUUCGUACACUUGACUUGUCGCGGAAUAACUUCUCCGGACAGAUUCCUCAUCUCAACAAUCUCCAAAAGAUUCAAAUCAUCAAUCUGAACUAUAAUCCGUUGGGUGGUAUUAUUCCAGAGACGCUCACAAAUUGUUCCAGCCUGAAGGAACUAAGCCUCUACGGAAACUUGCUGGAGGCUUCAAUCCCUCCGCAAAUCGGUGUCCUUUCAAAUCUAGUUUACUUGGACAUAUCCCAAAACAAUCUCACUGGGAUCAUCCCGUCCACCCUCGGAAAUAUAACCUAUUUACGAGAAAUCUACCUUGGACAAAAUAAACUUGAAGGAAGCAUUCCAGAUGAACUUGGCCAAUUGUCAAACAUUUCGAUUCUGUUCCUUAGGGAGAACAGCCUAUCAGGUAGUAUCCCAGUAAGCCUUUUUAAUUCAUCUUCUCUUCAACAACUAGAAUUAAGUGUAAAUCCUCUAGAUGAUACUCUACCAACUAACAUAGGUGAUCACCUCCCUAAUCUCCAGAAGCUCUACCUAAGCAAUAACAUGCUCGGAGGUCAGAUCCCAGCUUCCUUAGGCAACAUUACAAACCUAGAUACAAUAAAUUUUCAGAAAAACAGUUUCACCGGGGAAAUUCCUAGCUCUUUUGGAAAGCUUUCAAGUUUGGUUAGAUUAGAUCUUCAAGGAAACAUGCUCGAAGCAAAGGAUAGUGAAAGCUGGGCAUUCUUGCAAGCCUUGGGGAACUGUAGUCUUCUAGAACUACUCUUGCUGACUGCAAAUCAGCUACAAGGAGUCAUACCAAAUUCAAUUGGUAACCUACCAACCAGUCUAGAAGCUUUAGCAUUAGGUAGUAACAAACUAUCUGGUAUGGUUCCACCGAGCAUAGGGAACCUUUCCGGGUUAUUUUACAUGACAUUAGAACAAAACAGCCUUACUGGUACCAUUAACGAGUGGAUUGGAAACAUGAAAUCACUGCAAGCUUUACAUUUGACAUACAAUAACUUCACUGGUUCCAUUCCACCUUCUAUUGGCGAUUUGACAAAGUUAACAAAGCUCUAUCUGCAGGAAAAUCGCUUUCAAGGUCCUAUACCACGGAGCUUUGGAAACCUUCAAGCACUAUUAGAGUUAGACCUUAGUGAUAACAAUUUCGAAGGCAAUAUACCUCCAGAGGUUGGCAACCUUAAACAACUCAUCCAACUACAAGUUUCCUCUAACAAGCUUACCGGGGAAAUUCCUAACACGUUGGACCAAUGUCAAGGUCUAAUCAAACUCGAAAUGGACCAAAACUUUCUCACAGGAACCAUUCCAGUAUCCUUUGGAAACCUAAAGGCCUUGAGCGUUCUCAAUCUUUCACACAACAACAUCUCCGGCACCAUCCCAACAGCUUUAGGUGAUCUGCAACUUCUCACCGAGCUGGAUCUUUCAUACAAUCAUCUCCAAGGGAAUGUGCCAACACAUGGAGUUUUCAGUAAUGCUACAGCCGUUUUACUUGAUGGCAAUUGGGGCCUUUGUGGAGCAACGGAUCUUCAUAUGCCCUUGUGCCCAACUGCACCAAAGAAAACCAGAGUAUUAUAUUACUUGGUUAGAGUGCUGAUACCAAUAUUUGGUUUUAUGUCACUCUUCAUGUUGGUGUACUUUUUACUCGUUGAGAAGAGGGCAACUAAAAGAAAAUAUUCAGGAUCGACUUCUUCAGGGGAGGAUUUUCUGAAAGUUUCUUACAAUGAUCUUGCUCAAGCCACAAAGAAUUUCUCGGAAGCUAACCUUGUUGGGAAAGGAAGCUACGGCUCAGUGUACAGAGGAACAUUGAAGGAACAAAAAGUUGAAGUGGCUGUAAAGGUUUUUGACCUUGAGAUGCGAGGUGCUGAGAGAAGCUUCAUUACUGAAUGUGAAGCACUUAGAAGCAUUCAACAUCGAAAUCUUCUUUCCAUCAUAACUGCUUGCUCAACAGUAGAUAAUGACGGCAAUGUUUUCAAAGCUCUGCUUUACGAGUUCAUGCCUAAUGGGAGUUUGGACAGAUGGCUGCAUCACAAAGGGGAUGGAAAAGAUCCCCAACGUCUUGGCCUAACACAAAUAAUAGGCAUAGCUGUUAACAUAGCUGAUGCAUUGGACUAUUUACACCAUGACUGCGGAAGGCCUACUGUUCACUGUGAUCUGAAGCCCUGCAACAUCCUUCUAGAUGAUGACAUGAAUGCUCUCUUGGGGGACUUUGGCAUUGCAAGGUUAUAUGUUCAAUCUCGUUUGUCUUCCACUGGUUCAACUAGUUCAAUUGGCGUGAAGGGGACAAUAGGAUAUAUCGCUCCAGAGUAUGCUCAAGGCGGUCAUGUAUCAACUUCUGGGGAUGUUUAUAGUUUUGGGAUAGUACUACUGGAGAUGACGACCGGUAAAAGACCAACAAACCCUAUGUUCAAGGACGGACUCGACAUCGUCAACUUUGUGGAGGGCAACUUUCCGCAUCAAAUAUACCAUGCAAUCGAUGUUCGUCUCAAAGAUGAUAAGGACUUUGCUCAAGCAAAGAUGGUACCGGAAAAUGUGGUCCACCAAUGCUUGGUGUCUUUGCUACAAAUAGCACUUUCAUGUGCGCAUCGACUACCAAUCGAACGACCAAGUAUGAAAGAAGUGGCCAGCAAAAUGCAUGCAGUCAAUGCGUCAUACCUUGGGGGGAAAUGAAAGACGUGAAGUAUAUUCCAUUAGUGACGUGGAAGCAUACAGUAUGCUCACUAUACAACACAUUAUACAUACUGGUACAUGUCAUGUGCCAUUUAUUAACUAUAUUACUAUACUCCCUUUUGUAAAUCCAAUUAACUAGCCGAACUUCCUGCUGCUGAUUAGUAUGUAUAUUGAGAAAAAUGUUGUAUUUGUUGUAAAACUCUCUCGGCCUAUGUAUAAGACCCGUGCAAAAAAUAUAUGUCCAAAAUUUGGCCAGAA